CCCUGUUCCUCUUUCAGAGACAUGGAAACUAAGACCCAGAGAGGUCUUUUAGGUUGUCCACAGCCUCGCAGCUAGCAAGUGACGGGCUACGAUUUGAUCUUGGGCCAGGGUGUUAGACUCCAAGUUGCGUGCUCCUGUCCCUCCCCGUGAGUUGUCGGCGGAGCCCGGGACCUGCCUGGACUGGCCGAGGGAGGGGCGGACAGUCCGGGCGGGCGGGGCGGGGCUGGCGGCCGCCGGGGCCUGGCUGAGGCACAGCGGACGGGUCGGUCUUCACCUGCCGGGCAGAGCGCACGGGCCAUGGGCUGAGCCCCGCUUAGCCCGCCGGGCCGGCCAUGGGCGAUCGCGAGCGCAACAAGAAGCGGCUGCUGGAGCUGCUGCAGGCGGCGGGCACCGGCAACGCACACUGCGCGGACUGCGGGGCGGCAGACCCCGACUGGGCCUCUUACAAGCUGGGGGUCUUCAUCUGUCUCAACUGCUGCGGCGUCCACCGUAACUUCCCUGACAUCAGCAAAGUUAAAUCCGUGCGACUUGACUUCUGGGACGACAGUAUUGUGGAGUUUAUGACCCGCAAUGGGAACCUCCGUGUGAAGGCCAAGUUCGAAGCCAGAGUCCCAGCUUUCUACUACAUCCCCCAGGCCAAUGACUGCCUGGUCUUAAAGGAACAAUGGAUUCGAGCUAAGUAUGAGAGACGGGAAUUUAUGGCUGAUGGGGAAGCCAUCUCACUACCAGGUAACCGAGAAGGAUUCCUGUGGAAGCGAGGAAAGAACAACUCACAGUUUCUGAGAAGGAGGUUUGUACUUCUGGCAAGAGAAGGUCUCCUGAAGUACUACACAAAGGAAGAGGGUAAAAGCCCCAAAGCUGUCAUCAGCAUUAAGGACUUGAAUGCCACCUUCCAGACAGAGAAGAUAGGGCACCCACACGGGCUGCAGAUCACCUACAGGAGAGAUAGCCACGUCAGGAACCUGUUUGUGUAUCAUGAAAGUGGGAAGGAGAUAGUGGACUGGUUCAAUGCUCUCCGUGCAGCCCGUCUGCAGUACCUAAAAAUGGCCUUUCCUGAGCUCCCGGAGUCUGAGCUCGUGCCAUUCCUCACCAGGAACUACCUCAAACAAGGCUUCAUGGAGAAGACUGGGCCAAAGCAGAGAGAACCCUUUAAGAAAAGGUGGUUCGCCCUGGAUUCCCAUGAGCGGAGGCUGCUCUAUUACAAGAACCCACUGGAUGCCUUCGAGCAGGGCCAGGUUUUUCUUGGGAACAAUGAGCAGGGAUAUGAAGUCUAUGGAGACCUACCCAAGGGCAUCCGAGGGAAUCGCUGGAAAGCCGGACUCACCAUUGUCACCCCAGAGAGGAGAUUUGUCCUCACUUGCCCCAACGAGAAGGAGCAGCAGGAAUGGCUGGAAAGUUUGCGGGGUGUCCUGUCCAGCCCCUUGACGCCCCUCAGCCGCCUCAGUAAGAAGCAGGAACUGAUGAGUGUUAUUUUGGCCAAGGGCAGAGGACAGAAAGGGGCUUCGUCACUUAGGUUCAGCUGUGAUGCCACAAAAGAUUCCUGAUUCCUGCCUAUGCUCUUUCCACCGUCUUCUCUUCCUGCAAAAGAAAAGCACAGACACGCACAUUACUGCCAAAAAUUCUCCUCUGUCCAGCCCGUGUUCCCCUAACAGAGCCGUUCCCCAGGAGCUCUUAGAGGAGUUUGGCCCUGGCAGAACCCCUGGUGCUGUCUGUCCCCCUCGCAGUGUGGGGGCUGAGCAGCUUCUCUCUCCCUCCACCCUCCUCUCUGCUGAUCCUUUUUCUCGUGAGAAAACCCUGGCCUGUUAUUAUUAGCUAAGGUCACACCCGCUGGGCAGCUCCUGGGAUUUUUGGAUUCCUCCCCACUCCAGAGGGAAGGCUAUUUCUAGUGGCUUCUUUUCUCCGAGUCCUCCCUUCUGUCUGCUUCUCUCCUGCUCCUCCUCUUUACCCGUAGGCCUUCCUCAGUGCCGACAGCCCUGUGAAAAAAGAGGAGACAUGCUGAGCUCCAGCAGGAAACUGCUGGCCCAGGCCCUGGCUUCUGGGGCUCAAAGGAGAAUUUCUGUGUUUGGAAAAGUACAGACUGAGCAGGUGACCCCCGACAGCCCCUUGGGGGAAACCCUUGUACCCUUUGAGUCUGACCGAUAUAAACACGAACUCUCUUGACUGUCCGACAAAGGCCAAAGCCAGAGAGCCUCAGAAAGGACUUGCAAAUUGUAAGUGAGGCACUCCAGCUGGCGCUUCCUUUUCUCUCCGGGCUGCCGCUUAUGAGUUUCUUGGUUGUUCUGUCUCUGUGCCUCUGUCCCUCCACUUUUCUCUCCUUUGCUGGUGUGUGCGUCCCCUCUGAUGCCCUGGCUCUCACCCUUUCAUUGUUUUUUAUUCUGACUCCCUCUGUCUUUGUGUGUGUGU